AUGUUACGGAGUACCUUCACCGGUUAUUGGCCUAGACGCAGACUCGCCAUUGUCACGCCUGAGCUUACACGUGACCCUCCCAUCCUCAGUGCCGAGAUCUACGAUCCGGGGCUUCCCCUUCUAAAACGACGCUUCGCUAUAAAGACAAAUGCUGCGCUUGACGAUAUGAGAAAGAGAGCUAAGAGCUCUCAGCCUGAAUCCGCUGAACCCCCAAAGCGCCCAAGAGGACGGCCACGUCUGGAAACGAAGGAUGAGACUGCUGCUGAGCGACGACGCACACAAAUACGGCUCGCCCAAAGAGCUUACCGGACUCGCAAAGAGAAUGCCAUCCAUGCGCUCGAAGCCAAGGUCGAGCAACUCAAAGCUGCGAAUGAGGGCAUGUGCAAAGCCUUCAUGCAACUACAUGAUUUUUCCGUGAGCAGCGGGUUAAUUGACCGCGAACCAGAGUUCGGCCGGCAGCUGCGAGAGACAACAGAACGAUUCCUGUCCUUUGCGCGGCAGGCCGAUGAAGAGAGUCCCCAAGGAGGGACUUCCAAGGAGUCCCCUGAGAGCGCUGAGUCUGUCCAAACAGAAGGAUCAAGCCCCGAACGUGUUUGCAUGCAGACAAGGACAACGCCAGACGGGGGCAUCGAGACCCGUCUACAAUGCGGGUUAAUCAUCACCCAUGAGCCAGCCACUGAUCACAACCAGGACAAUAACCAGCCAUCAGUAUCUGAUCCGUUAGCCGACCCGACAGCUGACUCCCCUUCUUUCACUGACAUCACUUCAAGUGCUAUGGCUCCGAAUAAUUUCCCAGACCCUACAGCCUUGUACUUCCCAACCCCAUGGGGCCAACCCCGACCCAUCCGUACCUACGCCCACCUGGAACCAACCUUCGGUCGCCGCUUACAACGCUUUGCCCUCGAACGCGCACUCCAUCUUCUCGCGAUGCCAUCCCCACCCGAACAGUGUAUCCAUCAUGUCUUUGGUUUCUGCAUGCUCUUCGAGCCUCGCGAGACAAUCAUCUUGCGAUUGAGGACUGUCCUGAGGAAGUAUGACGAGAGCGAGAGCCUGAACUACUGGGGCGUGCCGUUCUACUCUCUUGGUGGGGCAGGGACACAUUUGGUUCUCCCAGAGUCAGAUAGCGUAAGGAGGAUUGGAAACCAGGGGAUGCAAGAUGUCUUGAAGCCGGCUCAGAGCGCAGGGUUUGGGGCAGGGCCUUUUGAUGAGAAGGUUGAGUCUGUGAGGGAUACGGGCUGGUUGGAUAGAGAUAUGAGGAUGUUGUUGCCCGGCUUCCAAGGUGAAUGGUUCGAUUGUGAUGAGGUUGAGAUGUGGCUGGUCCAGAGGGGCGUUGUAGUGCCGCCGGGGGCAGACUAUGUCGAAGCUGAGGUCGACGGGACGUUAUGUGAUGCGCAGGCUGGGGACGGGUUGGACACGGGGACUUGUGCUAACGAGUUCGUGGGUUUGGACCCGAUUUCAUCAUCGUCUUCGUCGCGGACGAUGUCACCGGAGGAGAGUCUUGGAAACGAGAGCUUGCUCGACUUGCCAUUGGAAGAUGGAGGUGGAGCUUCCUGGGGAAUUGCAACUGAAGCAGGUGUUGGAGAGUCCAGCUUGCCCUUCGCAGGCGGGAUGCUACCAUUUGGAUUGGACAGCUCGGUUGUGCGUCCCCAGCCAACUAAGAGAAAAGUGGUCGUUGAUGUGACUAGACUGGUGAAAGAACUCACUAAACGAUCCAUCUGCCUUGGUCGGUCGCCAGGUAUCCGACCAAAGGACAUUAAGAAGGCGUUUUGGGCUUCUACACAGGUGAGGAUGUAG